AUGUUCGCCUCAACUGACGACGACCAUCAGCUCGCCAUGAACGACGUCGGCGAACCCAAUGGCCAACGACCUGACACCCACAGCGACUUGGUAGACCCUACGACGCCGACGGCCACGACGGUGAAACCUAGUGAAGCGACACCAGCCUGUGAGACGGACUUGGACACGCUCAGAGAACUGAGCCUCAAACCUGGUGGCUUUGGAGAUAAACGGGCUUCCAUAUGGCCUUAUUUACUUGGUGUUGAACCAUUACCGCAGCCAGAACCCCAAGAUGCUGCAACGGACGAUGAACAGGCAGAAUCGAGCCGCGAAACCGAGUGCGAGGUCCACCCCGACGAACACCAAAUCAAACUAGACACCGACCGCAGCUUCGUAUUAUAUCCAAGCGGAAGGAUGACCGUGAAACUCUUCAAGAGAACUUACACGAUCUACUCGUGCAACUGUUCAGAAAACGACGGAAGUUGGGCUACUUCCAGGGAUACCAUGACAUAA